GCGUGCUUGCUUUAGUGUGUACGUGCAUUGCAUGGUUCUUCAUUCAGGGAACAUUAGAAACCUGAUCCCAGUACAGCGCCACUAAACUCCUUGCCGCCCAUCCCGGUUUACUCCCCCCUCCAGCACCAUCUCUUAUUUUGGGCAGUCAGAAACGGGUCAGUGUUGGCAAACCAAUCUGGGAAGGAAGACGAUCUCCCAACACCCAGCUUUAUGUUGACAGAUCAUUUACCACCGUCUCCAAAGAUACACUCUACUGAUCCAGUCUGCAGUAAUAACUGUAGCCCACAGCAGCCAUGGCAGACGAAGACCUCAUGUUCAGUAUGGACGGUGUGGACAGUGGUGGGACGAAGCAGGGAGGUUCGCUGGAUGACCCAGACAUCGACGAGGAAGACUAUUACAUCUGUCCCAUCACAGACGACCCCGUCUACAACAAGGCGAGCGAAAUCUGCAACUACCUGAAGAACCUCAUUCACAACGAGCAGUACUCCUCCAGCACCCCCACUCAGACCAGCUUCAACGUCAAGACCGCCUGGAAGAAUGCCAUCAGGAAAGCCAAGGCGAUGCCAGACCCAUGGGCAGAAUUCCACUUGGAGGAAAUUGAAAAGGAGCCUUGCACUCGCUAUAGGUACAACGCUGUCACUGGACAGUGGGUGGAGGAUGAAGUUUUCAUCAAGAUGGCAUCGCAGCCGUUUGGCCGGGGAGCUAUGAGGGAAUGCUACAGAACGAAAAAGCUGUCCAAUUUCUCACACAGCCACAACUGGAAGUCCGCCUCAAACUAUGUGGCUAAGCGGUACCUGAUGCCGGUGGACAGAGACGUGUACUUUGAGGAUGUGAGGCUGCAGAUGGAAGCCAAGCUCUGGGGAGAGGAAUACAACCGGCACAAGCCCCCCAAGCAGGUUGACAUCAUGCAGAUGUGUAUUGUGGAGAUGAAGAACCGUCCAGGCAAGCCUCUGUUCCACCUGGAGCAUUACAUUGAGGGGAAGUACAUCAAAUACAACUCCAACUCGGGCUUUGUGCGCGACGAUAACAUCCGCCUCACUCCACAGGCGUUCAGCCACUUCUCGUUCGAGCGCUCGGCUCACCAGCUGAUCGUAGUGGAUAUCCAGGGGGUGGGUGACCUCUACACUGACCCCCAGAUCCACACAGACUGUGGCACCGACUUUGGAGAUGGAAACCUGGGUAUACGAGGAAUGGCACUAUUUUUCCACUCCCACCUCUGCAACAAGAUUUGCAAAAGCAUGGGCCUCACGCCAUUCGAUAUUUCCCCCAAGGAAAAAGCUGCCCUGGACUGCACCAAUAAGCUCCUGGAAUCGGCAAAGACAGUGCUUCGUGGCUGUGAGGAGAAGUGCGGCAGCCCUCGUGUGCGCACCAUCUCCACAGGCCGCCUCCCCCCACUGCUCUCCCGCCUCUCUGAGUCCUCCUUCAAUGAUGACAUGAGUGACGGGCUCUUCGACUCCCCCCCCUGCUCCCCUGCAGGCCACUACCUAGAAUCCUAUGGGAAAUCGCCUCUGGGCUGGUCUCUGUUAAGUGAUGUCGAUAGCGGAGCUUUCGAAGCUGUUAAUAACAUUCAUGAACACAGGGACUCAGAUGGUGGGGACAGUGGCUACCCCAGUGAGAGACGAAGUGAGGGGGAUGACGUGGAACAUAGAGACAGGGCCAGCUCACUAAACAGCAGAAGGUGCUAUGAAUCGGAUGAGGACAGUGUUCAACGGCUGACUGAGGAGAGGUGGAAUGUGUACCACUCGUCUCGCUCGCACGUUCACCGGCCCUCGUGUGUCGCUGUCGAGGUGGAGAGACUCAACGCUCUGGUGAAGGAGAAGAAGAUUGGCAGAUCCAACCUGGGGAAGGUCCACCUGGCCAUGGUGCGGUACCACGAGGGGGGGCGGUUCUGUGAGAAGGACCAGGCGUGGGACCAGGACUCUGCCGUCUUUCACCUGGAGCAUGCUGCGAUGUGUGGGGAGCUGGAGGCCAUUGUCGCCCUGGGCCUCAUGUACUUCCAGAUGCCCCACCACAUCCUCACAGACAUUGCCCUGGAGGAUACCGAAGAGAACCGAAAGAAAGGGUUCACCUACUUGUUGCAGGCUGCUGAAGCUGGGGACCGUCCAUCCAUGAUCUUUGUGUCCCGAGCAUUCGACUCUGGAGUCACCCUGCCUCCUGACAGGAGCCGGGACUGGAAGGAGGCGGUGCGCUGGUACGACAUGGCGCUCAACAUGACGGAUUACGAUGAGGGCGGAGAGUAUGAUGGAAUGCAGGACGAGCCCCGCUACCUCCUCCUGGCUAGAGAGGCCGAGAUGUACAUGGAGGGAGGCUUCGGCCUGGAGCCAGACCCCCAGAAAGCAGGCAAUCUGUUCACAGAGGCAGCCGACGCAGCGAUGGAGGCCUUGAAGGGCAGGCUGGCAAACCAGUACUACAUGAAGGCAGAGGAGGCAUGGAGCUUGAUGGAGGAGUGAGCUGCACACCCAGCCCCACGCAGUCACUGCGUCACUGGGCAGCUGUCCCAGAACAGGACUCCAACCAGACUGCCGAACUGUUUACAAACCAAAUGUACCUUUCUGUGUUUGUGUCAAUGUUCUGUACGCUCUGGUGGUCGUCUCUGUCUUUUUAUAUGUUUAUCCAGAGCAAAAUCAAAAAAAAAAAAAGUGUAUUUUAUGGGGAGUGUGUCUUUUUUAUAUUGGCAAGGAGAUCUUCAAUGUAGCAUUAUUCAUGGAGAUUUGGAACACAGCAGUGAACAUUGUUUUUUUCUUGUGUUGGGGGAUCCCAGGAUGUCUUGAUAAUCCAUCAGGUUGGCUAUUCUACUGUAAUAGUGAAUGGAUAUUUUGUAGAUUAGGCAGUAUCCUUGUCUUGCCAUUGCUAUAGGAAUUUCUUUGAUUUUUUUUUGCACACUUCUCAAAAUCACAUUCAGUAGUAAAAAAUAUGUUUAGCUUAAAGAUAGAACAAAAAAGACAUUUUUGGAAUUGUAUCAUAUUGUUAAAAAAGUGGCCUUUAAAAAAAAAAAAAAAUACAUAAAUGUUUAUAAAAAAAAUGUAUUGCUUUUUAACCUUAUUUAAAUAAAUUUGUAUGGUAGUUUGCUGAAAUAGUUUAAGAAACAAAAACUGUAAAAAAAAAAAAAAAAAAUUGUACUUGGAAUACACUGUAUAGCUAAAUUGUGUUUGAUUUAAUAAUCUAAAGCUGUUUGUUUAGGAAUCUUAGGCUAUGUGUACCGUUUAAACUGUGUACCUGCCUAGCAUCUCUGAAGGUGAAGGUCUGGUUUCCAAAUUGCACGUCAAAAUUAAAGCUUGUUACAGAUA